AUGACGGAACGACAUUUCAGUCUAUCUCUGCCUGUUCCGACAGCACAGCGGAGGAAGUCCGGUGCUAAUACCAGCGGCAUCGAGUUGCAAGGCUUGCCCACGGGGCAUGCACGUUUCAAUGCACAGGUAAAUCGCCGGCGAAGCAAUAAUCAGGCUGUCAUUGAAAACCCACUAGCCCAUCUUACAGAUGAAGAACUAGUCGCAGAUGUAUAUCAUUUCCAGCAAACAUACCUUCGGUCAGCAGAAGGCGGCAAGCUGCUGCGAGCAGCAAGAGUGGCCAAGGAUAUCAGGACAUACGAUGAGGUUGCGCGGGCGGACAACCUUGAUGCUGACCACGGCCUUCCAGUCCAGCUGAACCCGGAGGAGAAGGCGGCACUCAGAGCGGAGAAGGACGUGUUGUUCUCGGAGCCGGGUAUGUUUAGAGUAAUCCUCGCCGUGUCUUUGGCGGCUUUCCUUCAGGGAUUCGUACAGACGCAGUCCGAUCCGCUGAAUAUUGACAACUGGAAGUUUGGAGCCAUGAAUGCGUCACCGUUUUUAUCUGCUUCAUUAAUAGGUUGCUGGCUUUCGCUUCCAAUUAACGAUAGAUUCGGGCGUCGGGGGGCCAUGGCGGUUGCGGCUUGUCUCAUCUUCGGGAGUUCACUUGGCUCUGCAUUUUGCAGAAGUUGGAUUGCGCUUUUCCUAGUGCGGAUCGUCAAUGGAAUAGGGAUGGGAAUCAAGGCCGUCAGUACGCCCAUCUUAGCGAGUGAAACCGCUGUUGGCUUUUGGAGAGGAAGUUCCAUUCUUGCUUGGCAAUUAUGGGUUGCGUUCGGCAUAAUGCUCGGCUUUGCAUUCAACCUCAUCUUUUGGACCGCAGGAACUGGUCAAGAAACGUUGACCCUUGGCCUCAUACUCGGUGCCCCUCUCGUACCAUCACUGUUCCUACUCGUCGGGCUGUAUUACUGUCCCGAGAGCCCUCGCUACUACAUGCCUCAUGGGAGCUCGAACUUCAACCCUGCAAAGGCGUACGCCAUUCUGCGAAAACUGCGGAAGACUGAGUUACAAGCGCUUCGUGACAUCUAUCUUGUGUACAAAUCCGUCCAGCUUGAGGAGUACGCCGAAGACAUUAAUACGGAAGACCAAACCAAACCUAGUCGCCGAGGCUUCUUCUCGCAUCUAGCUGGUUACCUGUCUCAGUUAAGAGAGUUGUUCACUGCAAGAAGGUUACGGAACGCGCUUAUAAGUAGCGCGACCGUCGCUCUGGCCCAGCAGCUUUGUGGGAGUGCCAUCAACUUCAUCUUCGGACUACCAGCCAUCAGGACCAUUGACACUCUAGGCCGUCGCAAAUGGCUUACCAUGACAUUGCCUGUUAUCUUCCCUCUUUCACAUCGAGAAAUUGGUUGUGCAUUCGCCGUUGCAACCAACUUUCUCUUCGCUGGUCUCUUGUCCAUGUUCUACCCCAGUAUAAACCACGGUCUUGGUGACGGCCGUUCAUUAGGCCUCUUCGCCGGCCUCAACCUCGUCGCCUUCGUGCUGGUCUUCCUCCUCGUUGAAGAGACCAAGCGCCGGUCAUUAGAGGACCUCGAUCUCAUCUUCGCGGUACAGAAGCGGACCUUUAUCCGACACCAAGUCACUAAGUAUCUGCCGUGGUUUUUGGGUCAUUAUAUCCUCGGCCGUAGGAAACCACAGCCGUCGCUUUAUCUUGACUUGAUUUGGGGCGCACAUGUAGAGGGCCGGCAGGCAGAUGAAGGAUAUAGUGCUACUCACGACACAUCGCCUGUCAGCCCGAGGACUCACGCUUGGUAUCCGGUGCCGCUGCCCGAGAUCCAUGAGCAGCUGUCGAGGGCUAGUUCACUGGAUACGGAUGAUACCCAUGCUUGA